CCGGGGCGGGUAGAGGGCUAUACCAACCCCUACCAAACUACGGCGGAGGCAGCGCAGGCGCAAGGUACAAGCUGCGAUAAAGGCAAUAAUAGUGCAAGCACCUUGCCUGCCUCCCUUCUCCCAGCGGGAGAGGUGCUGGGGGUAAGGGCACAGGAGAGAGAGCAACCCAUUACUUUUUUGCCGACAACAAAGAAGGUACGAGACCGUACCGUUAUCCGCCUGCCCAGUUAUGAGCAAGUCAAGGCCGACCCGGUGCUAUAUGCCCACGCCAGCCGUGUGCUGCACUUGGAGACCAACCCAGGCAAUGCAAGGGCACUGGUACAGGCCCACGGGCAAGGCCACACUGCCCGCGAUGUGUGGAUAAACCCGCCGCCCAUACCGCUCUCUACCGCUGAGAUGGACUGGGUGUUCGAUUUGCCCUACGCCCGCAGCCCACACCCCAGCUACGCCGAUGAAAAAGGCCGCCAUGACGGCAAAACCAAAAUACCUGCCUGGGAGAUGAUACGCACCAGCGUAAACAUUAUGCGUGGCUGCUUUGGCGGCUGCACCUUUUGCAGCAUUACCGAACACGAAGGACGCAUUAUCCAAAGCCGCAGUUCCACCUCUAUCAUCCGGGAAAUUGAAGAGAUACGCGACAAGGUGCAAGGCUUUACCGGCACGAUUUCUGAUUUGGGCGGCCCCACCGCCAAUAUGUACCGGCUGGGUUGCAAAAGCCCAGCCAUUGAAGCCGCUUGCCGCAAGCCCAGUUGUGUCUAUCCGGGCAUCUGCCAAAAUUUGAAUACAGAUCACACCGCGCUGAUACAACUCUAUCGCCGUGCGCGCAGCUUGCCCGGCAUUAAAAAAAUCCUGAUAGGCUCAGGCUUGCGUUACGAUUUGGCAGUGAAAUCGCCCACCUAUGUACAAGAGCUGGUGCAACACCACGUGGGCGGUUACCUGAAAAUUGCGCCUGAACAUACCGAGGCCGCGCCGCUCUCAAAAAUGAUGAAGCCGGGCAUAGGCAGCUACGAUGCUUUCAAAAAAAUGUUUGACAAGUUUAGUGCACAAGCAGGCAAGGAGCAGUUUCUCAUUCCCUACUUCAUCGCCGCGCACCCGGGCACGAGUGAUGAAGAUAUGCUGAGUUUG